AACUCAGGUUACUUUUAUUGGUGUUGUUGGAUCUGAAUUUGUUCAAAAAUAUUUAGGAGAAGGACCAAGAAUGGUACGUGAUGUAUUCAGAUUGGCUAGAGAAAAUUCGCCAUCCAUUAUUUUUAUAGAUGAAGUAGAUGCAAUUGCUACUAAGAGAUUUGAUGCACAAACAGGUGCAGAUAGAGAAGUUCAAAGAAUUCUAUUGGAAUUAUUAAAUCAAAUGGAUGGUUUCGAUAAAUCUACUAAUGUUAAAGUUAUUAUGGCUACUAACAGAGCAGAUACUUUAGAUCCUGCUUUAUUAAGACCAGGAAGAUUAGAUAGAAAAAUCGAAUUCCCUUUACCAGAUAGAAAACAAAAAAGAUUAAUCUUCCAAACCAUUAUUAGUAAAAUGAAUGUUAGUAGUGAUGUAAAUAUAGAAAGUUUUGUAGUCAGAACGGAUAAAAUUAGUGCAGCUGAUAUUGCUGCCAUAGCACAAGAAGCAGGUAUGCAAGCUAUAAGAAAAAAUAGAUAUAUUAUUACAGCUAAUGAUUUUGAACAGGGAUACAGAACACAUGUUAGAAAGCAAUUAAGAGAUUACGAAUUUUAUAAUAUAUAA